CUUCUUGCUCCGCUGAGGCCGGCAGCUGCGCGUUUCUCUUCCCACUCGGGCAGGGCCCCGGCUCCCAGGCGGCGCGGGGCGCCCGGCGGAGAUGGCAGCGCAGCUGAGCCUAGGACAGAGCGCUCCCGUCCAACAGCAAAGCGAACAGCAGAUUGCUGGCAGCCAAUGGCGAGGGCAGCCUUAGGUGGCACCAAAUUUCCGCCAGCCAAUAGGAUCCCCUCGGCAAGUCUAAAGGCAUCAUUAGCGAUUCUCCUACCCUCUUCCGCAGCAUCCUCCGCCUCACCUGCCAUUGGGCUGCCCGACCCAAGAGGCAAAGAACCAACCGCAGCGAGCGCCGGGCCCCGCAGAGCUUCGCGGCCUCAGCCCUGGCCGCGGCCGCCCGCUAAGCCCGGGAGGGCGGGCGCUGCUGACGUGCCGCGAGGGCCCCCUGCGGCAAAGCGCGAACCUCCUCCCGGGAUCACGUUGCCACCGGCGCCCGCCGAGGCGGCGCGUUCAGCCCGGCGCAGGAGCGGCCCUGCCAGCGGCUCGCCGCUCUCCCGCAGGGGGUCACAGCGGAUCUCCGCAGAGGAGGCCGCGGGCAGGAGCUCGACCCACAGCUCCCCCCGCCCGCAGCGCCCAGAUGCCUGCCGGCGUACUCCAAGAGGAGCUCUCCAAGGAUCUCCCCUCCUUCACUGCCACCACCAGGGUGUCGAGGAAUGGGGGAGCAGGCAUGGAGAAGGCCCUGCCCAACCAAGAGGACUUGGGAGGAGACCGGGGCAUGACAGACGAUAUCUUUGACGAGAGCUACUGUGAGAAGAAGGGCCCCAAGCCUGCCAGGAGAUACGUCUGGAGGAACAUCAUCCUCAUGAGCCUGCUGCAUUUAGGGGGCUUGUACGGGUUGUGGCUGAUACGUGCAGCAAAGCCCAUCACUUUGGCAUGGGGGUUCCUGUGUUUCCUGUUGAGUGCUCUGGGGGUCACAGCAGGAGCACAUCGUCUCUGGAGCCAUCGGUCCUACAAAGCCAGCUUGCCCCUCAGGAUCUUUCUGGCCAUUGCCAACUCCAUGGCUUUUCAGAAUGACAUCUAUGAGUGGGCCCGAGAUCACCGUGUCCACCACAAGUUCUCAGAGACCGACGCGGACCCUCAUAACGCCACGCGGGGCUUCUUCUUCUCCCAUGUUGGCUGGCUGCUGGUGCGCAAACACCCCGAUGUCAUCGAGAAGGGCCAGAAGCUGGACCUGGCUGACCUGAAAGCUGACAAGGUGGUGAUGUUCCAGAGGAGGUUUUACAAGCUUUCUGUGGUGGUCAUGUGCUUCCUGUUCCCCACGCUAGUGCCCUGGUGCUUCUGGGGGGAAUCUCUCCGCAACAGCUUCUUCCUCCCCGCCAUCCUGCGCUACGUGCUGGUGCUCAACGCCACCUGGCUCGUGAACAGCGCUGCACAUAUGUUUGGCAACCGGCCCUAUGAUCGAAAUAUCAACCCCCGGGAGAACCGCUUUGUCACGUUUGGAGCCUUAGGCGAAGGCUUCCACAAUUACCACCACACCUUCCCCUACGAUUACUCCACGAGCGAGUUCGGCUGGCACUAUAACUUCACCACAGCCUUCAUCGAUCUCAUGUGCCUCCUGGGGCUGGCCAGCAAUCGCAAGAAAGUCUCCAAGGAGACCAUCCUGGCUCGGAAAACUCGGACUGGCGAUGGGAGCCACAAGAGUGGCUGAGGACUUGUCGUCCCCCCACAACCUCUUCACUCACCCCAAGCAAGCUGGGCACAGGGUUUUAUGUUCUAUUUUACUAACCAUUGAAUAAUGCUACCGGGUUGCUUCAGAUGAUGAUUUUAACCCCCUCCUGCACAGUGUAUUUUAAAUGAUGAUGUAUUUAAGACCUAUAACUUUUGUCUCUCUAAUGCUCGGCAGCUCCCUCCCUCUUUUCUCUCUCCCUUCUUUUUGUUCUUUUUCUCUCUCUGGAAAGAUCUCUCCCUUUCCCUCUAACUCCUCCAUGCUUCAUUUUGUUCUUGCCUCUGACUCUCUCCUUGGCAGGGAGCUGGUCGAAAGCCUGUCUGGGGCAGAUUGUGCUGCUGGCUGGACAGAGGGAGUGGAGGGGGGUCUGUACCAGCUGGCUGAAGAGUUGAGCCAAAGUCAGGGACUCUUUUCCCUAGAAAUCCCCCUUUCCUGCCUCUGGUUCUCCUGCCCUCCCAGGGCUGCUGACUCAGGAUAUGAAUGAGCGUUUCUGUAUGAUAACAGCAGCAAAGGCCUUUCCCAGAAGGAGUAGCAGCCCUGUCCCCUUCCUUGCUAUCAAUGAGAGAGCACAAUGUUGUCUCCUUGGUGCUGGGCCUCCUUUGGCUCCUGUAGGCCAAGGAAAGGUCAUGCUGGGGAUGGGGAGAGGCUACCCCUGCAGAAGAGGCUUUCAGGGGUCUCAUCAGCUGCAGAACAUGGCAGCAUGCGUCCGCUGCCUUCUCACCUUGCUGGAGUGUCAUAAUGGCUCCUCUUGCCACCCUGCAGAGCCUCUGUGCUAGAAUUGCCUGGAACGACUCAGACUGGGCUCCUAGCUGCCUGCGUGGGAAAGCAGCAGUCAAGGAUAUCUGGGGAGACGAGGGGCUUGAUGCCAUUGAAAUACACUGGCUUGGGAAGGAGUGGAACUAUGGGCAGUAUUUCCCAGGAAGAGACUCUUCCUGAACGACAGCAGGAGAAACCAGAAGGAAGUGACACAAAGCCCCAUCUGUGUUUAAGCUGUUUUGUGUGUCAGAGGAAUGAGGUCCCAUUUCUAUGGAGAAGGAGGUCCUAGUUUGUAUCUGUGUCAUACAGAUUCUUGUUACUGAACCCAGUUGAAAGAGGGAGACUAAGGGGCAGCUGAUAUGGCCACAUCCAAGUGAAUUGAUCGUGUGUGUGACCAGCUAGAAAGCGGGGAUGAUGCUAUGUCGGAGACGCAGGGGAGCCUUGUGUCUGCAAUGGGCUUCCUGCAGCCAAUUAGCAAGUAUCUGAUAGAAACCGACGCCAAAGCAGGGGCACUGAGGGGGUUAAAGCCUGAGAAAGUUGCAGGAUCCCAGCCCAGUGCUCUGUGGGACCCCCUUCCCAGCACUGCCCCUCUGAAGCCAGGGGGUGGAGCCACAUCUACUGGGCAGAUCCAGGCUGGAGAUGGGACUGAAUUGCUCCACUCUGCUGAGGGCAGGAAAGCAUGUUAGGGGUCUCAUGAUCAGCUCCCCAGCCCCUCCCAAAGCAAAUCAGAGAUGCCCUGGGGACAAUGGCUGACUGUUGCACACGCUGCCGUGGGAAGCGCUGGUGCAGCCGUUGCUGCUGGCUGCCGUUUCUAUAACUUCCCCCAGACACACGGCGUUAGAGCAGGUGCUGGCUGCUGGGCUGUACAUAAUUCAUCCCCUGCAGACAGGGCCUUCCCGCCGGCGAGGGGGGUCUGCUGCACAGCACCUGGGCACAGAAGGUGCCUGUUUCACUCCCUGGCAGCACUGACAGCAGAGGCUAAUGCCAGGCUGACUGCGCUGUCUGAGGGCCCCAAGACAUUGCGGGGAAGGGUUAAAAACCCUUGUGUGUUUCAUCCCAUAGCACUUGCAGAUGCUGCAGACAGGCUUGGCAGGGCGAGGCCUCAUUUCCAUGAGCCACUCACCAGAUAGUGCUGCAGCGCUAGGUGAAAGCUCGCAAGGUGCCCAGGCUGCUGGAUCCUUGGGAAGGCUGGGCUGGAAUGGAGGAAUGACGCCGAGAUGCUCCUUCCCCUUCCUCAGCCGUGCUGUAUAUCCUCAAGGGCAGGCUCCAGCCUUCCCAUGCAGGCCAAGGUGAGCACAGCACUGCUGAUGCCCUGCUGUGGUCGCAAAGCUCUUGCUAUCGGCCAAGAGGUCAUCCCUGGCCUUGUUCCUGUGCAUUGCCAUGACCAAAACUGUCCAGCUUUGCAGCCCAGCGGAGCAGCCUGCCCUCUGACUGGGCUAACGAGAUGAACAGGCUCAGGAGUGGAACAUCAGCAGAUAAGCCAGUCGGGAAGCUUUUAAUUCCUGGGCUCUAAACCCGGGAGGUGGAUGGCUGGGUGAGGAUUCCCCAGAGCUGAGAUUUAUAACUGCCCAAAGGGUGACUGUGGAUAGUUUUAUCCAACUGGAUACAAAGACACCUGCAUGUCAUAAUCCUGGGCCAGAUCCAUCCCUGGUCCAAAUUCCAUUGACUGGAGUCUACACUGUGGGUGAAUUUGGCCUCCCCUAAUAGUUCUUCCCUCACCUCAUGAUCUGGACAUGUUGUAUUUGAAUUGAAUGUUGCAACACACAUGACACAACAUGGUAUAGCAUCCACCAUCCUCUCGGGAGAAAAGCAAGGGGUUGAUUCAGGUGUUGCCUCUAGAUCCCAAGAGUAUUGAUCAGAGCCAAAAAUCCUGAUAUCGUAGGGAAGCAGAGUGGAAGUAACCAAACAGCGUCGGUGUUUGCCCAGUCACUUUGUUGGUAGAGUGGCAUACAUCUCUGGGUGCCUUAAGUCUUUAAUACACAUAGGAGUAUUGACAGCUAUUUGCAGGAUGUUUUUUUUCUUUCUAUGAUGAAUUAUGGAAAUUUAAUUAUUUAAUUGCCGUCAUCAAAUUGUGGGUGCAGGUGAUUUUUUGAAUGUAUUGAGUUAGAAUUUGUUAGAUUAAGGAACAGAUGCAUCAUUUUAAAGGUAACCUUGUUUGCUUUGUAUUUCUUUCUUUGGUGGCAUGUCUGUAUCCAAAUGCGUUCUCUGUGAGUUUAGAUAAAGUGAGUCAGAGUGAGAGGUGGACGUAGACAAAGCUCCAGCGUGUCUAGUGGCUAGAGCACCAGGCCUCCUGAGCUCGAUUCCCAGCUUUGCCACUGACUCACUGUGAGAUCUAGGGCCAGUCAGUUAACUUCUCCAUGCCUCAGUUUCCCUCUCUGUAAAAUAGGGAUAGCAUCCUACCUCACAGGAGUGUUGAGGAGGUGUAAUUAAUACUUCUAAAGCACUGAGAGAUCAGGGUGUGGAAGGCCCAAUAUAUCCACUAGUGGUGGUAGUAAAUGACUGGAUUGCAAACAGUGUUCUCAGCCCCUCUGGUAUCCUAGAGACGGGACGUGCGAGUGUUGGAUAAGUAGUGAAGGAUUGGAAGGUUGAAUCUGUGCAUUGUCUAAGCUCUGUUGCUAUUGAAACGUGAGUGGGAUACAACUUUCCCAAGUCAGUUUCUGCAUUCUAAGAUCUCCAUGUUUUUGUCUACUGAAACUUUUUUGGAAAUAAUUUCUACUAAUUUGGAAUUGGACGGCUGGUUGUACUGAACUGGUAUUUGUUCAUAAUAAAAGUUUACUUUAAAACUUGA